GAAUGUGGAACAUUCCCUGGGUAUUACCCUAGGGCCCGGCCGGCCAUUGCUUACGAUUACGUCGUAGAUUGAACCAGCCGGCCCAACCGGCCGGCAAAUUUCAUCUCGCGGUGAUUUUCCUGGUGCAUUUCUCCACAAGCUGUGGUGGCGCGACUCACGUAGUGACCAACGCAGUGACAAGGACUGAUCAAGCAGUCAUGAGCAGGCGCGGUGGUGGUGGUAGGCAGCGCCGAUAUGGAAGUCCCAGCGAGAGGCCUCCACAGCAAGGGGCCAGUUCUCAUCGGAGUGAGUCUGGAGAUGCUCGCACUCACAGGGGCGUAAGGUACCUAAGAUGGAAUGAAAUAACAGGAUUAGCAGCUAGCACUACGGACAAAGUUGUGGAUACCCUUCUUCAGAAACGAGGCUGGAUUCUUGAGUGUUUUUGGUCAUAGUAAGUCCUGUAGCAACCCCAACAUUUUGAAAGCCUUGAUCAAGAUUGUUUAUUUGCUUGUGAAAAGCAAGGAAGGUAUCCUAGCCUCUAGAGUCCUCGGCCAGAUAUACAGUCCAGAUGGCAACUGUGCCCAGUUUUGCUUUCAAGUCGACCGAUUGAUAAAGGGCAUGCCAAUUGAGCCAGAGCAUAAAAUGACAGAAAACGUAAAUUAUCUCCAAUACCUCAUUGAUAUUGGGCUCUUUGGUGUCAAUACAAUCCCAAGCACUAUACUAGGCUCAUUCCCACAAGCUACAAUUUCUGGCACCAUUAAAGCACUCGGUCGUAGUAGCAAUGUUCAACUGCUGGAAAGGAAGUGUGCAGAGCUUGAGCAUCAGUUAGACUUAGCACGUGAGCAAUUGCAGUCGGAGCCAACUCCAGCUAAGAAGUCUGCUUUAGAGGAGGAUGAUAGGAUACCUCCCGAUAAUUUCAAUGACAUUCCCAUUCUUCCUCAAAAUGAGGAUCUGGUGGGUGGUCACAAGCCAUUUCUGAGACGCAAUAAAGUAGAGGGUCCAUACAAAGGGUGGGACCACUAUCUUGAUGUUCAGUUUCGUCUUCUGAGAGAGGACUUUAUUGCCCCACUCCGUGAGGGGAUCAAUGAACAUUCCUCUGAAUAUAGACGUUCUGCCAUUCGCACAUACGAGCAUGUGCACGUGUUAGCUCCAGUUUGUCUUGUGUCUGGGAUGGGGUUUGAAAUCUCUUUCGACACGACCCAUUUCCAGCACACAAAAUGGGAGCAUUCUCGGAGGCUAAUAUUUGGUUCCUUGCUCUGCCUCUCAAACCAAGAUUUCGGGGGAGGAUCUAUAUUUUUUGCUACAGUAGUAAAGCGGGAUGCAAAGCAGCUAGAAGAAGGUCGGCUUAUAGUGAAGUUUGAAGGGAAUGCUAGUGGGUUCAAUAUAGACCCUGAUGAUGAAUAUACAAUGGUUGAAUCAACAGCAUACUUUGAAGCAUAUCGACACGUUCUCCUUGCCCUUCAGCAUGCCUCACUAUUGAAAGACACCAUGCCUUUCAAACGCUACAUUGUAGACUGCAAGCUCCACGAUCCUUCCCCUCCCCUAUAUAUUAGUAGGUAUAAUGCACCUGGUUUUAACCUUGCAAAGGUUCUAAAGUGCAAAGAAGCCAACGGUAUUAAAAUUACGGACGAGACAACAUGGCCUCAUUACAAUAUGUCUCGUUUAGACAAAUCGCAGUAUGACGCAUUAAAAAUGGCAAUGCGUCAGGAGGUCAGUUGUAUUCAAGGACCACCUGGUACAGGGAAGACAUUCAUUGGUGUGAAACUUGUCCAGGCAUUCCUACACAACCGUCUAGGCUGGGAUCCAGAGAAAAAUUCCCCAGUGUUGUUAGUCUGCUACACAAACCAUGCACUCGAUCAGUUUCUGGAAGAAAUAAUUGAUGCUUGCUUAGAAGAUGAAUUGCCUCCUCCUGACAUUGUUCGAAUUGGGGGUCGGUGCAAGAGUGAAAACCUGGCCAACUUUGUCCUAGCACAAAAAGUAACCGAUGUACGUAACAGCAGAUCCUUGCCAGCACGCAUGUAUAGAGGAAGUCGAGAUUUACGCACUGAAAUGGAUCGUUACAAGGAAAAAUUUACUGAGUUACAGAAACAUAUAAGUUCAAUUGAGCACAGUGUCCUUCCGUUAUCCGUAUUGCAAUGUGUCAUAUCCAAUGAGCACUAUUUCCAGUUGUCUGAAGGUAUGCCAACUGAUCGAGGUAAGGAAAUGGAGGUUUGGCUCAACCUAUGGAAACCAACCGAGCCUGAAAUGGAAGAAUAUUAUGAACCGACCGAUAUUUUGCAAAAGUUUGCAACAGAUGAAGAGCCAAUAGUGCAGGGGAGAGCAAUUCCGAAGAUGAAACGGUGGCCGUUGAUGAAGAGGCGACAAUUCUACAAGAAGAAAGAAUCACAGAAGGAGAAGAAGUAUUUUUUAAUGACAGAGAAGCAACUCCUGAAGCAAAUCCACAACCAAAGAAAAAACCGGGAACAAACGAGUGGCAGACUAUCCAAAUAAGUGACAAGGAAAGAGUGAAAAGGAUCAAGAAGGGGCUCCAGUUUAAGCCAUUGAAGGAGAAUGAUGCAAGAGAGGUCGAAGAUGUACGCUUACUUAACAACAAACAACGUUGGAAAAUGUAUCAUUACUGGGUGCAGGAAUAUCUGAGAGUAAAGAAACAGGAGUUAGAAGGUCCUGCCGAGGCCUACAACAAAGCAUGUAGCGACUACUCCCAAAUGAAGCAAGAGAUUGAUUGCCAUGUAGCGAGGGGAGCCGACAUCAUUGGCAUGACCACUACUGGAGCAGCCAAAUACCAUCACAUCCUGAAUAAUAUUCACCCAAAGAUUGUGAUCAUCGAAGAAGCUGCUGAAGUCUUUGAGUCUCACGUCAUAACCUCUCUCUCGCCAAGUGUGCAGCAACUCAUCCUCAUUGGAGACCACAAACAGCUUCGACCCAAACCAAACCACUAUGAACUUGAGAAAAAGUAUGAUCUUCACGUCUCUCUUUUUCAGAGGCUCAUAGAAAAUGAUAUUCCUAUUCCUCAUGUUACCCUAACAGUCCAGCACAGAAUGAGGCCAGACAUUGCCUCACUCAUACAUCCAGCUAUCUACUCUGAGCUACAAAACGGACCACGAGCAAUUGAGCAUGGGAAACACAAAAUAGCUGGAGUUGGUCACAACCUUUUCUUUCUUCACCAUGAACACCCCGAGAAGCAACAAAACCCAAACGAGUCACUCAGUCAUGUAAACAUACACGAAGCUGAUUUCAUGGUUGCUCUGUGCCGCUAUUUGACCAAGCAAGGAUACGAGACAAAACAAAUUACCCUUCUCACCAUGUACAAAGGCCAGCUGCUGCAAAUGAAAAGCAGAAUGAGGAGAAGCGAGUUCGAUGGUGUUCGUGUUGCUGCCGUGGAUGACUUUCAAGGUGAGGAAAACGAUAUUAUUCUUCUGUCACUCGUGAGAAGCAAUUCAGACGGAAACAUUGGAUUUUUGAAGAUUGAAAAUAGGGUUUGCGUAGCCCUUUCCAGAGCUAGAAAAGGAUUAUAUGUGAUCGGAAAUUUUGCAAUGCUAAGAAGCCGCGAUGGUACAAUAUGGCCGACAAUAAUAUCAGUAGUGGAGGAGAAGAAAUGCAUUGGAGAGGCUCUGCUACUCCAGUGCCAGAAUCACCCCCAGGAAGUGGUCCGAGCCAAAGUAGCAAGUGAUUUCAGCAAGUGCCCCGAGGGAGGCUGCACCAGACCCUGCGAUUAUCGUCUAAAGUGUGGUCAUGGGUGCACUCGUCUGUGCCACCCUUGGGACCGCGAGCACAAGCUCUUCAAGUGUCAAAAGAAGUGUGGCAAGCCUCUGCCAUGCCGGCACGGGUGCAAAAGGAAGUGUUAUGAAUGCACUGGUGGGUGUGGUCCCUGUGAAGAAGAAGUGGAGAGACGUGUACCAAGGUGUGGGCACCAAAUGAGAAUGAAAUGCCAACAAAACCUAUCCAUGUAUUCUUGUUCUGCUCAAUGCCAGAAGCCUCUCCGAUGUGGCCAUUUUUGCCAGAGGUCGUGCUCUGAGCCAUGCGAUACCCGCUGCUCUGUUAAAGUAGAGAAAGCCCUACCCUGUGGCCACAAUGCGACGGUGCCGUGCCACAAGAGUGUUGAACAAAUUCAGUGUUUGGUCCCAUGCAAUACUUUGUUGCAAUGUGAGCAUGAAUGCAAAGGUACGUGUGGUCUCUGUCAGCAGGGAAGGUUGCACAUUCACUGUGGAUCAGAGUGUGGACGUACACUAGUGUGUGGACACAUAUGUCACUUUCCCUGUGCAGCUGAGUGUCCACCAUGCACAGCUAAAUGCUCCAACUACUGCCCUCACAGCAAGUGCCCAAAGAAUUGCUACGAGCCUUGUGAUCCCUGUGCAGAGCCUUGUCAGUGGAACUGCGACCAUCUUAAAUGCACUAAGAAGUGUGGGGAGCUGUGCAAUCGUCCACGAUGCGACAUGCCGUGUCUGAAAAGGCUUCGUAAAUGUGGCCAUCCAUGUAUUGGUCUUUGUGGUGACAAGUGCCCCAAACUGUGCCGUGUGUGUGACAAUGAUAAGGUCACAGAGAUAUUUUUUGGAAAGGAAGAUGAACCAGAUGCCAGAUUCGUUCAGUUGCAAGACUGCAAGCAUGUCUUUGAAUAUACCGGCCUUGACCAGUGGAUGGACAGGGAAGAAUCUGAGGAAAUACAGUUCAAAAAGUGCCCUCGCUGCAGCACUCUCAUUCGAACAAGUUUGCGCUAUUACAAUGAAGUGAAGAAAGUUCACAAUCACUUUGAGGAAAUCAAGAAAAAGCAGCUUCAAGUGUCAAACAUUGGCCAAGUGCUAAUGCCCAAAUUAAGGGAGCUAAAAUCAAAGGGAGGGCAAUGUGUGGAAGUUACAGCUGAUGUUAAGAAAAUUCAGUCCCUAUUAAGUCCAGGCACACGGCCUCGCUACAUUUUGCCCCACUGCCUGAAUGCCAUUCAGAACCAGCUGGCAAUACUACCAACUAUUGUCACUAUGUACAAUGAGUUGACUCAAGUAGAGCAGAAGAGCUGGCAACUCAGAGACUGCAAGAUCAAGGUCGAAACAAUCCACCAACAGCUACAAUGUGUGCAAGAGUUUUUGAUGCAAGACUCUCUGACAGACCAACAGCUCAGUGAUAUCCAAUGUGAAAUCAGGCGACUCAACUGCACGAUUCGUCUUUUGAAGCUCCACUCGCUUAUUAAAGAGAGGAAAAUAACCAUCACACUGCAAGAGAAACAAAGUCUUGAUGAAUAUGCUCAACAUGUUUACCGCAGUGGGGCGUACAGGUUCAGCAUUCCUAAAGUUUCCGAAGAAUAUUUUGACUGGUGUUAUACGAUUUCAUAACAGGUUUUGAAAAGAAAUACAAGCUUGAAGGUCUAACAGACGCUGAGCGCAUUGAAAUAGUUAAAGUUAUUGGUCUUUCUAAGGGCCAUUGGUUCAAAUGUCCAAAUGGACACUAUUAUUGUAUUGAAGAUUGUGGGGGAGCAGUGGUGGUGGCAAAGUGCUCUGAAUGUGAUGCCAAAAUCGGGGGAACAAACCACAAUCUUCUUGCCGAUAACGUUCUUGCCCCAGAGAUGGAUGGUGCCGCAUACCCAGCCUGGUCUGACCAGGCCAAUAUGGCAAACUACAACCUUGAUGACUAACAUUAUUACUUUUUUGAACGUUUUAGUUUGUGUGAAGUAUAAUAUACAUAAUAUUCUGCUUUUUGUAAAGAACUCCAAUGUGCUGCAUUUUAACCAUUACGCAUUACACCAUAAGCUUUAUACGUGUAAAAUGCAUUUUGUUUUCCCCACCUUCUAUGUACACUGCA